AUGCUCCAGAUAAAAGGCCCCCAGAGAGGAAACGGGCGAGUUUCUUUUCACACAGAAUAUACACGUUCACGAGGCGGGACUUCGAGAGCGUUUUGGGUGGUGAUUGGUUCCGACAGACUACGAAAACUUGGACAAGGAAACCGAGGACUAAAAGAGGAAGGCAAGACAAUGGAACCAGAGGGAAAGACAAUGCUACCAGAGGGAAAGAGAACGCUGGAACCAGAGGAAGACAACGAGGAACAGCUAAGACUAGAAGGUGAAAACGGGACAACCCAGGCAACGGAUAAAGACAUAGAUAACGCAAACGAAAACGAAAACGAAAACGAAGACGAAACCGAAGACGAAGACGAAGACGAAGACGAAAACGAAAACAAUGACCAAAACUCAAACCAAAACUCAAACCUCCCCAACGGAACGAACAAAGACAGCCAAGCCAGCCGUACCGACGCAGACAGCGAAAGCGAAAUCGAAAUCCUCGAAGUCAGACCCAUCCACUACUCGGACUCGGACUCGGACCUCUCGUCGCUCGACGAAGAACUCAACCAUGCGCUAUCGUCGACCGUGACGGUCCCAACACAGAUCGACCACGUUUACCGUGGCGCCCCGGUCAAACCAGAACCCAUCCACAAAAUCCUCCCCAACAUAUACAAAGCAGUACCUCCACGGGCAUCGCCGGCGCCGCCAGGCUACCGAAACAUCCCGCCGAACCUUGUUUCGACCAUCCAGCGCGAGCUCAAUCUUUUUUUCGACACCGGCAACGACGACGACUUGGAAGUGGUGGGCCGGGUGGUGUUUUCGCUCAAAGACCCGUACCUGGCCACCAAAAUCCGUCUCCCGGUCAAGGCCACCACGUGCCGCCACUUUGAGUGCUUUGACUUUGACAACUUCUGUCUUUUCCACAAGCUUCCGCUCGGCAUCAAGGGCAGCUUGAAGAAAAACCUCGUGCUCAAGAGCCACGACUCGCGCAAGCUCGAGCAGCUUUUCAUUCGCCAGCAGCAGCAGCUUGCUAGCGGCGUUCUUCUGUUUCUGUCGCCGGGGCUUGUGUAUCCGCAGUUUUCCGAACACGGCCAGAUGUUUUUCACAGAGAUAUACAAUCGCACGCCGCCGCUUUAUAAAUGCCCGUUGUGCGACGAGAAGUUCGGCUUGAAGCAGCUCUACAUCUCCGACAUCUUCAACUUCUUCGUCAAGACAACGCCGCUCCACACGACGCGGAUCGAGUUGGUUGAAAGUGACCGCUACAAGAUUCUCGAGGACGAGGUUGUGGAGCCGCAGGAGAAAAAUGCAGAGUACGUUGUUCUUUCGGGCGACAGCGAGUCGGAGCCUGAUGCUUCGAUGAGCGUGGACGACUUUAAUGAUGGCUUGGACGACGUGCUUCUGAAAAUCCGCCAGGGCGACGGAACCUGGGGGAACCCCGUGACGCUUGACUAA